CAGUGUAAAGAACACCGUUAAAACGGUAUCGUGCCAGUUUUGCACAUUUCUCCAAAAGUUAACUCCUUCUUACAGAGCCUCCAAACCAAGUACGUCUGUAUUCAUUUAAUGUGUUUUUCUCUCAAUUUUAAACCUCGUUUAUGUUGGACCCAGGUUGGACCCCAGCUUUCCUACAGUCUGAGACUGCAGAUUUCAUACAGAAACCAGAUGUUCCCGGGUUUGGCAGUGGCGCUAUAUAAUUGCUUUGGUGACUUUAAUCUGUCGUGGGAGCAGAUCCUGCUGAUGAGAUGGAAUGAGUGUCAUGGACUAAAGGGAAAACCCCUCACAUACCGCAGGAGAAACAUCAAGACUGCAGAGUGUUGGGUUACGGAGAAUAAAUCGGCAGGAGCUCAUGGUCAUAACUGUUCCCUGUCAUUAUGUUGACUCAAUGAAUGGAAACAAUCCGGUUGGAAAUCAUCCAGAAAACCUUUGCAUGGAUGAUCAGUAUUGGGCAAUCCUCACAGGAUGCUGUGUGGCGCUUUCUGCUCUGAGAUCCUGAGGGAGAGGAAAAUAAAGAUCAAUCGGAAAAGAGUGGUAAAUAAAAUCAGAGGGAAAUAGGUUCAGUGGGACACAAUGAGGAGAAUUUAUAUAAAUGGAGAUGUUCUGUGCACCCUGCUCAUGCUGGGGCUACUCUGUCUGAUGUUGUAUGCCCAUCAAGGCUUCACUUCCACCUGGGACACCUGGCACUUAGAGCAGGGCUGUACAAGUUCCCGCGCUCUUUUAGGGCCCCCACCAGAGAGCCAUGUAACUAAACGGGUCCCUUCUAUGCCCCCAGACAAGACAAAGUGCCAGUCUGCACGUCAGUCCCAUUCUAAGUCUCAGACACAUCCCAAGUCCAAACUUCAGUCUAAAUCCAAACCUCAGGCCAAGACCAAAUCUAAGUCAAAGAAAGAUGACGGGACAAAGGCUGUUCCGGUUUUACCCACACGACCACCUUUUGACUUUGAGGGUUACCUGAGGGAUAAGGACAACCGGGACUUCAUACUGCUGAUGGACCAGCCAGGGAAGUGUUCAGGCGAGCCCUACAUGCUCAUUGCUAUCAAGUCAGUAGUGGCAGACUUUGAAAGGAGGCAGGUAGUGCGGCACACCUGGGGAAGAGAGGGUGUGUUCCAGGAUGGGCAGACAGUAAAGACUGUAUUCCUCCUUGGUGUACCCAGGAACAAGACAGCCCUGCCUUUAUGGGACCGGCUCCUUGCCUACGAGAGCCACACCUUUGGGGACAUUCUCCUCUGGGACUUUGAUGACACAUUUUUUAACUUGACACUUAAAGAGACCCACUUCCUCCAGUGGGUGAAUGACAGCUGCUCCAACGUCCAGUUCAUCUUCAAAGGUGACACUGAUGUCUAUGUGAAUAUAGAGAACAUUCUGGAGAUGGUGAAGGGUCAGAAGCCUGAUAAGGACCUCUUUGUGGGUGACAUCAUCCACCACGCCCACCCCAUCCGCCGGCGCAGCAGCAAGUACUUUGUGCCUGAGGUUGUGUACUGCCAGACGAUGUAUCCGUCAUAUGCAGGAGGGGGAGGCUUUGUGAUGUCUGGUCACACCGCCAGGCGGCUGAGUGAAGCUUGUCAGCAGGUAGAACUAUUCCCCAUCGACGAUGUGUUCUUAGGCAUGUGCUUACAGAGAAUUGGAGUGAAACCGUCACACCAUGAGGGUUUUCGUACAUUUGGCAUUGUGCGCCCCUCUGCUGCUCCCCACCUCCAGGUGUUUGACCCUUGUUUCUACAGGGAGCUGAUGGUGGUACACAGCCUGACAGUGCCACAGAUCUGGCUCAUGUGGAACCUGCUGCAUGACCCCCAACUGAGCUGCCACAGUAAACUGGCCCCGACCCUGUGGCACUUCAAGUCAAGGGGCAAGGUACUCGGGACAACAGGACAGAAGGACUCAGAGAUUACAGUGGAACAGGACUAUGAUGUUAAAGUGUUUGUAAAGCAUUGAGGGGUUUGGUUUAGGUUGAUCAGAGGGACUACACUGUGAAAGCCAUUGGGAUAUGGAAGCUGUGAUUGAAUGUUUGGUAGUUAAUUUGAGGCAAUACAGUGGUUUUUGCUUAAGUUUACAGCCAUUGUAAAUGUACCCUUUUUCUAAGACAAAAAUCCUGUUAUCUUUUUCAUUAACAUCCUGGAUGUAAAACCAGUCUGUAUACUGGUGGUAAUGUUUACAAUAUCCCUGCUCCAUUUAAGUACAGUGUGACUGAAUCCAUUUAUUUAUUUUAUUGCACAGAGCCUCAAUAAGGUCAAUAUUGACUGAAGCAUGUGCCAGGUUGAUUUUGUGAAAUUGAAUGUACACUACAGUGUUGUCAAUAAUGAAUCUUUGUGUGUGAUAACACAUCAUAUUACACCUGUACGUAGACUUGAAAGGGAAGUUAGGGGAGGUAAAGCUCAAUGCAUCAACUGUAUAGGACACAUCACUGCACUCUAUACUCCUCUGUAAACUGGUCAUCUCUGUACACCCGUCGCAAGACCCACUGGUUGAUGCUUAUUUAUAAAACCCUCUUAGGCCUCACUCCCCCCUAUCUGAGAUAUCUACUGCAGCCCUCAUCCUCCACAAACAACACCCGUUCUGCCAGUCACAUUCUGUUUAAG